UGGGCAUGUGGUGCAACUUUAUGAGAGCCACAGCCUUCAACCAACCCCACAACUCUGUCCUCUCUCACUACUAUAGUUGUCAUUUCGUCCCCCAUAGAAUCACCCUAUCAUAUCCUGUACUCUUGUGCAAUUCUGUAUAAAGAGAUGUGUGCCCAAUUGCCCUGCGAAAGAAAAUAGCUCAAAGCCCCUGAGUAAUUGCUAGUCUCACAUAAAUGUAUUGAAAGAAACUGCAGGUUUUCUUGUUCAUGAGUUCUUGAACAAAUUAAAGAAGCUGCUAAAAUGGUGUUCGGAGAUUGGUUAUACAGCUGCACAAAAUGCUUUCAGAAGCCUUCAACUUCAGCUUCAGACUCCUCUGCAGAAGAAAAGCAAGGAAACAGCUUGUCGUCAUCAUCAUCAUCAUCUGAUAAUAACUCCAAGAUAAUCCAGAAGAAGAAACCUGGAGGAUGGAGAGCUAUGCCUUACAUCUUAGGGAAUGAGACGUUUGAGAGAUUGGCUACUUUUGGAUUGUUAGCCAACUUUAUGGUAUAUUUGAUGAGAGUAUUUCAUAUGGAGCAGGUUUCUGCAGCCAAUGUUAUCAAUAUCUGGUCUGGCAUAACAAAUUUUGCUCCUCUGAUUGGUGCUUUCAUCUCCGAUGCCUAUGUGGGCAAGUUUAGAACCAUUGCUUUUGCUUCCUGUGCAGCUUUUCUGGGAAUGUUGACUGUGACCUUAACAGCAUGGCUACCUUAUCUCCAUCCUCCCAAAUGCCACCCAGAAGAAGGGCAUCCACUUGUUCACUGUAAGAGUCCUACAGCAGUUCAAUUGGGUGUCCUACUGAUGGGCCUUGGCCUCUUAUCUAUAGGAACUGGUGGUAUCAGGCCAUGCAGUAUUCCAUUUGGGGUUGAUCAAUUUGACCCAACAACUGAAGAUGGAAUUAAAGGGAUUAACAGCUUCUUCAAUUGGUACUACACGACUUUUACAGUAGUCGUUUUGAUCACUUUAACUGUAGUGGUGUAUAUUCAAGAUUCUGUGAGCUGGGUUCUUGGCUUUGGGAUACCUACUGUGCUUAUGCUGUGUUCUAUUGUUGUUUUCUUCAUUGGAACAAGAAUUUAUGUGCAUGUAAAGCCAGAGGGAAGCUUUUUUUCUGACAUUGCUCAGGUGUUCGUUGCUGCUUAUAGAAAGAGAAGGGUUAAGCUUCCUGAUGAUGAUGGAGGCCAGGAGGUUGACGGGGUGUUUUAUGAUCCUCCGGUGAAGAAUACUGUAGUUUCUAAGCUCCCUCUUACAAAUCAGUUCAGGUUCUUAAACAAGGCAGCCAUGAUAGAGAAAAACGACCUAAACCCUGAUGGUUCUUGUGCAAAUCAAUGGAGACUGUGCAGUAUCCAACAGAUAGAAGAAGUGAAGUGUCUGUUCAAAAUUACUCCAAUAUGGGCUUCUGGUAUUGUUAGCUUGACAGCCAUAACACAGCAAGGAACAUUUACCGUAUCACAAGCUCUGAAAAUGGACAGACACCUCGGACCCAAGUUUCAAAUUCCAGCAGGUUCCAUCGGUAUCAUUUCAAUGAUAACAGUAGGAAUAUGGCUGCCCUUUUACGACAGGAUUAUAGUACCAGCUCUUCGAAGAAUCACAAAGCAUGAAGGUGGAAUCACACUUCUCCAAAGAAUCGGAAUCGGGAUUGUGUUUUCGAUUCUAGCCAUGGUGGUUUCAGGAUUGGUUGAAAGAGACAGAAGGGCUGUAGCCAAUGAUGGUGCACACAUCAUGUCAGUGAUGUGGCUCACACCUCAGCUUGUAGUAAUGGGAUUGUGUGAAGCAUUCAAUAUUAUCGGACAAAUAGAAUUUUACAACAAGGAGUUCCCUGAGCACCUGAGAAGUAUGGCUAAUUCACUUUUCUUUUGCUCAUUUGCGGGUUCUAGCUACCUUAGCAGCUUGGUGAUCACAGUGGUGCACAAAACUACCAGAACAAAAGACCACCCUGACUGGUUAACCGAGGAUCUAAAUGCAGGAAAAUUGGAUUAUUUCUACUUCCUAUUAGCAGGAAUGGGUGGCCUGAACUUUUUGUACUUCCUGUUGUGUGCUGGGCGGUAUCGCUACAAAAUUAGCAGUAAUGUGAAAAUAGAAGAUGAAUCUUACCAUGAUGUGGAGCUAAGCUUGAGCAAAAAAAUCCCAAGCUAAGGUCAAAACGUUUCGUUUAGCCAUAUAUUGUAAAGGAUAAAGAAGUUGAGGAAAGAAAUGGGAGAGAAGAGGGGGAAAGUAAUUAUAAUAAUUCUGUUUAGUGGAAUGUUUAGGGAUGAAUAAAAUGGAGUUAUGGAUUGGCUUUGCA